AUGCAACACCAUCCGCACGUCAAACUAGACCAACUUAUAAAGUCUCAAAAACGUCGAAAUCAUUCAACCGACCUCGAAAAUCAAAUACCAGUAAAACGUACGAAACUUUCAAGCGUCCGUUUGGCACUAGAAAUAAAGAUCAAAGCCAACCCUCUCCCCGCGGCAAGUCUUCUAAGAAUCAUACCUCAAAAAGACAUAGGAAUGAAUGACAUUUUCAGCGGGGGGCGACUCUUGAAAUUUGUAGAGGUCUGGAAGAGAGAGGGCGCGCCAUUCAGCAUCUUACAGAUAAUAAAGGGUUACACUAUCCCCUUUGUCAAAAAGCCCCCGCUAAUGCCUUUUCACCCGAAGAUACUUACAAAAUUCGAAACAAAAAAUUUAGAUUCAGAGAUUCGGACCCUAAUAAAGCAAAAGGUAAUAGAAAAUUCCUCGAUUCAGACAGGUUUCUUGUCAACUAUGUUUCCAGUUCCAAAACACAACGGCAAAGUACGACCGAUAAUCAAUCUGAAAGGCCUAAACAGAUACCUUACCCCAAAGAAAUUCCGGUUGUUAAACCACUUCAAAGUACCUCAUUUCUUACAAAAAGGAGAUUUUCUCAUGAAAAUAGACAUUUCUCAGGCAUACUUUCACAUCCCAAUAACCAAUCGUCAUCGAAGAUUCCUGUCAAUAGUUCACCAAAACAAGGUUCUACAAUUUACAUGCCUACCGUUCGGUCUAUCAACGGCACCUCUAACCUUCGCAAGAGUGUCAAAUUGGAUAGCAUCACGCUUAAGACAGAUGAACAUAAGAGUUAUUGUGUACCUCGACGACUUCUUGCUUGCCAACCAAGAUCCAGUGAAAGUGCAAAACGACGCCAAAAUGACAGUACAGUUUCUUGUCAAACUAGGUUGGAUAAUCAAUAUGGACAAAUCUCUACAGAGCCCAUCCCAGCGAAUCGAGUAUCUAGGAAUAGAAUGGGACACAAUCCGCAAUACAAAAGCGCUCCCGAAAAAGAAAAUAUCUUCCCUGAGAAAAGACCUCAACAAUGUUCUAACAAGUCAAAGAUGGAGUUGGCAGUCCGCAAAAAGCCUGCUAGGAAAACUAAACUUUGCUUCCUUUGUAAUACCCUUGGGAAGACUUCACUCCAGGGAGAUACAAAGAGCAGCCAACAUUUUACCAGAAGGGUUAGCCCGGAAGAAGUUUCCCACUCCAAGAAAAGCAUUCCAACAAUGCCAGUGGUGGAUUCAAAAUUUGGAAGAGAAAGACACUCUUUUCAGAUCCUCCGAAACCAUUUUCAUUACAUCAGAUGCCUCAGACAAAGGAUGGGGAGCGCAAAUAAACGAGAAGCACAUCAGCGGUAUCUGGGACAUUUGCCAAUCUCGGUGGCAUAUCAACAAGAAAGAACUAUUUGCAGUAAUUCUAGCAAUUCGUUCCGAGAAAGAUUCAAUAAAAAACAAAAGAGUUGUCAUACAGUCAGACAAUCGAACCGUAAUAGCAUAA